AUGCUUGAUUAUCUUGCAGACACAUAUGAAGACAAAGCAAAAGAUUUUCUAGUCAAACUCAAGAGUAAAUUUAACCCAGAUAUCGUUCUUGAAAGGGUAACAUGCCUAACUGGAUAUCUGAAUGAGUUUAUGUUGCCUAAAUCAGGUAUUAACACUCUGGAAAAAACUGCAAGUUACAAAAUAUGCUUUUACAUUCUCUUAACCUUUCUAAAAGAGACUCAACAGUUAAAAUCUUUAGAACACAUCAAAGCUUCACUAUCCAAAUUUUGCAAAACUUCCAUACCUAAUCACAUCAAGGAUUUAGGUGAGAAAUGGAGUGUGGACAACCUCUUGAAACUGUACACCUAUAAAAUCAUUGAAUUGCGCACUGGAAAUGUGGAUUUUGAUGUAGACCAAGAUGAGAGCACAAGAGUUAUCAUACAGUUCCAAGACUAUAUGAACAAGAGGGAAACUUGGUCUCUUGAUUUGCAGACAAAACUACUGCAGUUCUGGACACCUAGAAUGAAUCUGUUUGGAAUAAUGCAGAAAGAGAUCAAUUGGUGGCCAGAAAUUGAUAAGAUAUUAGUUUCAGAAGGAGAUUCAGUGAUACACUUGCUUGAUUGCUUAGAGGCCAGGGUCAAAUCUUUAAAUCAAACAAAUCCCAACCUUGAGGCCAUAUUGGAAUCAUAUUUGAAAUUUCUUCAUGAAUUCUGUAAUUAUACUUCAAUUGAAGAUCAUGCACUUCAUGCAUUCUUUACUCAAGUGGACCAUCCAAGAUUAGGAUCAAUAUCCUGUGGAGUGAUCAAAUCUGGAAAGAUGCCCUGA